CCCCUCUAUCGCGUGGUGGGGAUCAUCCAUAUUGCUGCUAGUGGUGGAGAUAAGGUUGUAAUCCUGAGAGGCCCUCGGACACGUUUCUUUAUUUUUAUAUAUGUUUUAAUCCAGCGCGGACUGCUCUGCGUCUUAGACCGAAGCUCUUUUGGUCUGGGAGCGACAGAGGAGCGGCACACGACGCGGAAUAACUUCACGUUUCCUUGAAUUGAAGGCGAAUUCGGGCCGGGGAGGGGGGGGAGAGAGGACUGGUAAUCCUGAGGGGGGAAGAAAGACGGUGGUGGGAAAUGGCCACUCAGGUGGAGGCUCUCCUGCCCGGCAACCCGCUUGCCAAAGCGGAGGAGCACGGCAAAGUGAUCCGCGGCGAGCCGGAGGAAGAGGAGGGCGGCCGGGGCGACGGGGCCAAGCGGCAGACGGGUGUCGCCGAGCAAGGGAGCAGCGACGGCGGCAGCCCUGGGCAGGGAGGGACCCCCGGCGACACGGCGGAGGAGCAGACCCCAAAACAGGCGACAGAGGGGAGCAAGGAGGGUUGUGACAGCGACGACAAGCAAAACGAGGAGGGUGUUAAAAGCAGCAGCAGAAAGGAGUUUACUGAAGCUCCCCCGCCCAAGGUGAACCCGUGGACAAGGAAAAUGAAUGCGGUGACCGUGGUCAGCGUGAAUGGACAAGCACACCACGAGUCUACCGGCCCCGCCAAGGUGGUGAGAGCAGGGAACCCACCCAAAUCCAGACGUGGAGGAAAGGUUGGAGAUUUUGGCGACGCCAACAGCUGGCCGACUCCAGGGGAGAUUGCAACUAAAGACAUGCAGAUUGAGGCAGUGACACGGACCGUGUCCUGCCCGCCGACUGUCAGGCAGGUCAGAGACUCAUGGAGAUUCACUGGCCCCAAGAGGACAACAGUCAAGAAGGAGUCAAAGGAGAAGAGAGAGAGCAACGAGGAGAGCAAGGAGAACCUGAAGGCCAAGUCAGACGACUCCGGAGAGGAGAAGAACGGCGAUGACGACUCCCAGAAGAACGGACCGAAGAAAAAAGGAAACAAGCAGAAGUGGGUUCCCCUGAUGAUCGAGGUGAAGUCCGAGGGUCCUCGGGAACGCUCGGCCUCCAGGAACAACAGCAGACAAAACGAAAACCCCCGCCUGCCUCCCAACGCCAGGAACGACCUCAGAGACUGGCACAGUCAAAAGUACGAGCGGGAGUGGCGUGACGACCACGACGAGGUGUCCAGCGUGAAGAGCGAGGGGGCGCCGUUCCGCGGAGGGUUCAGAGGUCGCGGACGCGGUAGAGGAAGAGGUCGGGGACGAGGCAGAGGCGGGAGAGGCCACUAUGACUAUCACUACGGCUACAAGUCCUACGACAUGAAAGACGCACCCUACGGCCAGAAGUUCAGCAACUCAGUGACCUACUACUACGACAACAUGAGCAGCAGCGACCUUUACUCCGUCGAUCAGGACCUGCUGAAGGACUACAUCAAGAGGCAGAUCGAGUACUACUUCAGCCUGGACAACUUGGAGCGUGACUUCUUCCUGCGGAGGAAGAUGGAUCAGGAGGGCUUCCUGCCCGUCGGACUCAUCGCCAGCUUCCACCGAGUGCAGGCCCUCACCACCGACGUCAACCUCAUCCUGGAUGCUUUGAAGGACAGUAAGGAAGUGGAAGUGAUCGAUAUGAAGAUCCGUAGGAAGGUGGAGCCGGAGAAGUGGCCUCUGCCGGGCCUGACCAUGCCUAACCACACCCACACCGACUUCUCUCAACUCAUAAACUGCCCAGAGUUUGUCCCAAGACAGAUAAUGGAGGAGCCCAGAGGUUCUCCCAGGUCCUCCACACCCGUGAAACACCAGACCAAGACUGAAUCAGACAUCUCCAACCUCAAGACAAUGCCCAAGGGCCUCUCCGCCAGCCUCCCAGACCUUGACUCGGAGUCCUGGAUUGAGGUCAAGAAGAGGCCCAGACCUUCCCCAGCCAGACCCAAGGUCAGCGCAGAGAAGGCCCCCUCGUUGCAGCAGCAGCAGCAGCAGAAGGAAAAGGACGACUUGACUCGCUCUCCGGUGCCCCAGUCUGGCUCCUUGUCCUCCACUGCUGUCCCAGGAAAUAAGGACGGAGCGGAACAGGACGAACCGGAGGAGCUCGACUUCAUGUUCGACGAGGAGAUGGAGCAGAUGGACGGACGUCGCAACACCUUCACCGACUGGUCGGACGAGGAGACGGACGGUGAGAUCGAUGACCACGACGUCAACAAGAUCCUGAUCGUGACACAGACGCCACCUUACCUGAGGAAGCACCCGGGGGGCGACCGCACUGGACACCACACAUCGCGCGCCAAGCUGACCAACGAACUGGUCAAGGUGAUCAACGACGGGCUCUUCUACUACGAGCAAGACCUGUGGGACGACACGUAUGAGCCUGAGUACGCCACCAUCAAGCAAGAGGUGGAGAACUUCAAGAAGGUCCACCUGAUCAGCCGCGAACAGUUUGACUGCCUGACUCCCGAACCCCCUGUCGACCCCAACCAGGAAGUCCCCCCAGGACCCCCAAAACCUCAUCAGAUCCCCACAGACGCUUUGGCGAACAAACUCUUCGGUGCCCCCGAGCCCUCCUCGAUAGCACGCUCGCUCCCAACUACCGUGCCUGACUCGCCCAACUACCGCAGUGCCCGCACGCCCCGCACGCCUCGUACCCCUCACCGGAAGGACGCCACCAUGACACCGCGCUUCUACCCAGUGGUGAAGGAAGGUCGACCUGUCGAUGCCAAGACGCCCAGGAAGAGGAAGACCCGACACAGCUCCAACCCGCCCAUGGAGUGUCACGUUGGCUGGGUGAUGGACUCCAGAGAGCAUCGCUCCCGUACCGCCUCUGUCAGCUCUAACGCCAGCCCAUCAGAGGGCACCCCUGCCCUGGGUAACAUUGGCUGCACGCCGCAGUCCCUCCCCAAGUUCCAGCAUCCAUCCCAUGAGCUGCUCAAGGAGAACGGCUUCACGCAACACGUUUACCACAAGUACCGCCGGCGCUGCCUAAAUGAGCGAAAGCGGCUGGGAAUCGGCCAAUCGCAGGAGAUGAACACACUGUUCCGCUUUUGGUCGUUUUUCCUGCGAGAUCACUUCAACAGGAAGAUGUAUGAGGAAUUCAGACAGCUGGUGGUCGAGGACGGGAAAGAAGGAUACAGGUACGGUUUGGAGUGCCUGUUCAGGUACUACAGCUACGGUCUAGAGAAGAAGUUCAGGCCAGACAUCUUUAAGGACUUCCAGGAGGAGACAAUGAAAGACUACGAAGCUGGCCAGCUGUAUGGACUGGAGAAGUUCUGGGCCUUCCUUAAGUACUCCAAAAUCAAGACCCUGGAGAUCGACCCCAAGCUGCAGGAGUGCCUGAGCAAGUUUAAACGUCUGGAAGAUUUCAGAAUUGACCCGCCUAUGGAGGACGGAGGCCGCAGAAGACACUCAUCCAGCGGGGACGGUCGUCGCCGGCACCCCUCUCAGCCCUCCAGCCGGCCCCACAGCCAGGCCAGCUCAGGCCCCAGCCCCGCCCUCACCGCACAGGGCCCCGCAGCCAAGGAUGAUGCCAAACCCACCAGCCAGAGAGCCCACGCCCCCGCCGCUGACCUCGCACCAGAUGCCAAGACACUGAAGUAACUCCACGAACAUGCUGCCACACACGGAUCAACUCAAAACACGUCUGCAAGUCGCCGGUUCUCUCCGCGCCACAGGAGGAGGGAGGGGGGCGUUCUACCUUUCAAUCAAGCAUGAGAAGUUUUUCUUUUUUUCUUGAGAAAUAAGGAAGAAAAAUAACUAAAAUGGUGCAUUUUAUUAAUUUGUUUUAAGUUUUUGAGAAAACGUUUUUUUUUUUUUUGUCUUAAUGAGGCAAGGAAUGGAUGAGGUGUCAAACACAUUUUUUAUUUUUUUACAAACCAUUGCCAGUGGUUUAGUGGUUAUUUACUACCCUGGAUUUUUUUUUUUUUUUUCAUGUUCUCCCCCCUCUCUGUCACUGGGACCCCUCUUCGAUCGUACCUGUCCUGCUGGCUGAAAGAUAUCUGAUUCCUCGCCCAGAUCUCAGAUUUAUGAUUAUUAUUUCUUCGGCGUGUGGCGGGAUUGGAGACUUGGGAAAUAAUUUGAACAAGACUGAGCAUCUGAAAGCCCUGCUAGCAGCCCGCUGGAGGCCGUGCUGCUCCUGACAUCCAACCGGACCAAAGUGGUUUGAACCGAGCGACUGACAUUUCCAUCCGCAGAGCCCCCGAGUGCUCUCAGCUCUCAGGCUAAAAAUAACAACUAUUUGAUUUACUUUAUGGCUGGACUUUAAGGGGGAAAAUAUCAAAGAACCAAAUGAUAAAAGAGGAAAAAAAAAAAGACUUGUACCAAUCCCUCAGUAUGGACACGAUCAUUGAAAGUUGCCUUAUUUUAAUGGUUUUACUGCUUCUAACUUGUGCCCGCCACCUUAUUGUCGAUUGUACAGCAUUGAAAUCACCCAUAUAUCCAGUCACCGUUUCCAGCAGAGGCCACUAGGUGGUGCUGUGUCUGCCAAAUCCCCCCCCCCCCUCACCCUCCUCCGUCACCUUUUCUGAACUGUCUUCCAGGUGUCACUCGGUCUGUUACAAGUCCUGUAAUUCUUCCCUGUGUUUGCAAGUCGUGGCUUUUUGUGCUGAAACACAUCAACCUCUUGGAACCCCCCUUCCCCACCCCCCCCAAAAAAAACAAAAACAAAAAACACUUCAGUGGGGUGGAGAGUUGGGACCGGAGGGUCCUUAAGCUCUCCUCCAUGAUCUCCCUUUGGGUGCUUCCUGACUUUUUUUGUCACGCUCCGCCUCCCUGUCACACGAGCUGCAUCCAUUCGUUCAUCCAUCCGUCUGACAUCCAUCCAUCAGUCGACCAUCAGUGAUGCUACAGGACUGGAAUCAUCAAUCUGGAUUACUUGAAGAACCGAUGGUUACGAGGAGGGCCGUCGUGCUCUGUCGCAGGUGCUCUGGGUGGAGACGCUGGCCGGGCCUUAAUGGGGCUCAGACAUUUGGCCUCCGGCUUCGCUUGUUAAAAAGAAGUUCGCUCGGCCGACCCGCUGCUCAAACGAGGCUGAUUUGGCCUCUGGCGCUCCCCACCUCUUCCUGUUUGACACACACACACACACACACACACACACAUAUACACACACACACACACACACACACAUCAGCUUACAGGCAUGAACACUGACAAGUGCACUCAUACACAGGUACUGAUGUAGCAGCGUGGGCAAGCUGAAUACGAAACACACACACACACACAGCUCGAUGUCUUGCCUCGCUGUGGACAAAUAAAUUCGAGACUGGAUUGUUUGUUCACACUGUUCAGUCGUCACUCUUCCUACAGUCAACUGAACUCUAAUAAUCUGGUGUGGAUAAUUAAAUCUUUAUCCGAAUCUAUGAUAUCAAAUAGAAGAGUAAUCUUUUUUUUUUUUCUCCUCCACUAAUGUAAAUGUGAAUUUGACAGAUGAAGAGAAGUGAUCACAGCUCCCUGCUACUUGUGUUAUUGUUUAUAGAACAGAUUAUAUAUUUGCCUUACACGUGUACGUACUCUUUAACGUUUUUUUUUUUUUUUUUUUUUUUAAUGGUCUCAUAAUUAUCAUAUUAUGCUUUUUAAUUUCAAUUUGCAGUGUUUCUAGCGUUGUUGUUAUGAUGGAGGCGGGGUUUGUGUCAGGCUGUUUAAAACAUCUGUGGAUUUCAGAAAUGGGAACAUAGUUCACACCACAAAAGGGAAAGUUGACAUCAGGGCGUCAACAGGUAUUCAGUACGAAGACAAAAUCUGUAAUCUUAUAGUAUUUCAUGUUGAAAUCAGUUAAUUUUGCUCUUUUUUUUUUUAGUAAAGAUGUUUGGCAAGAUAGAUGAAAGCAGCGUCUCCAACAAGAAACUAAUUAAUGAAUCUGCAGCCUCCAGGUUUUUUCUGCAAACAGUAUAUCUGCAAAGUUUAGAAACAUGAAAAUGAUUUGAUUUUGAGGUUUGAAUUGCACAAGAAGUUCAUAAAAAAAAAAAAUCUAGAGUCUUAAUACAUAUAUUGAUAUGCAGAUGCUCAGUGAAAUUACCUGUUUUUCGCUGACAUGCUGCAAUUUUUGUUACAAACCUUUAGCUUAGUCAAACGUCAGAGUCAUACGCGUGAAAAUGCAUCUGGAAAGAGUUGAGUUUGGAAAAUGCCUGAAAUUUUCAAAUCAGACUGAACACCUGUGCCUGUUUUUGUUUUUUGUAUUCUAUUAUUAAGUCUCAGUCCUUUUCUGUAAUGAUCAUUUGGCCGGUUGGUUGAUGUUCCAGCAGAGUGGAGAAGAUUGUUGUCACUUUGUCCUGUCAUUGUUUGUUUUUUUUUUCAGUUUCUUCCUCUAAAUCCAGAUUUGUUGGAAACAUGAAAAUGCAAACUGUACUGCUUUUUUUCCCCCUUUAAUGUCUUGUUGGUUUAUCUUCAGGGAGAUUUGGAUCAGUUUUUAGAGGCUUACAGUUGAUGCGUCAAAGUGUUUACUGGAGGUUUAAAGACAAAAAAAAUUAGAGCUACGAAAUAUUCAGAAAAGGAAACACAUUUCCCAAAACCAGCUAAUCCUUUGAUGUGUGAGCUGGUGUGUGGCUGCAGACAUGGCGGACUGCAAUUAGGGGAGGGCCUUCUUCCCGGGACAGUCACAUGAUCCCUCCCUCUAAUGUGAUCACCUGCCAUCACCUGUCACCGGACAUUUGUGGGGGGAGGGUGGGGGGGUGUUUCAGGUGGUGUGGGAGUUUUCAGCCUUUCUCUAUCAGCAUAGAACUGCUGCUAGCUGUCCAAACAAACUCUAGAGGGCGCUGACUGCUGCUCGUCAGUUUUACAUGGACUUGGCCAGACGGCCGGACACUGAAGAGAUGAACGAUGGACGUGGGACGGGAGGGAGGAGCAGAAAAAGAGGAAAGAAAGAAAGAGCCCGACUGGGGUUUGUGACGUUGCUGAGAGGAAUAUGGCUGGUUAUGAUGUCUGGAGACUGAAAAAAAAAGGACAAAAUUCCAUAAAGCCAUAUGAAUAUGAAAUAACUGUAUAUGAACCAUUAAAAUAGUUCAUUACAUUACAAUAUCUUAGGCUUGUCAUGAGGAAAAAAAGAUGAAAACAUGGAAAAAAGGAACAAAAAAAUAUAUAAAAUGGAAAAAUGUAAAAUACUUGAAUGAGAUCUUGUAUUAUAACAUUUAAUAUUCAUAAUAUCUGCUUUGUAGGCUGAUGUGAUUCGCUUAGUGUCAUUUGUAAUUUGUAGUAAUUAUGCUUUUCCUUUAAUAAAGAAAAAAAACACAAAACGGACAAAAAAACCUCAAA